AUGACAUACAACCUUCCUCUGUGAUAAAGCUUUGAUUCAGAAUGAACCUCGACGAAGAUGAAGCACCACCACUUUUAGUGGAUGUAGAAGCGGACGGAGAUGAGUUGGUUAAGGAACCAAAGCCUAUCAAAGUCCCAAUUACAAUUGUCACAGGAUACCUUGGGGCUGGAAAGACUACGUUGCUUAACUAUAUUCUGAGUGCACAGCAUGGAAAGAAGAUUGCAGUUAUAUUGAACGAAUUUGGCGAUUCGUCGGAUAUCGAGAAAGCUCUGACAAUCAACCGGGACGGUGAGCAAGUGCAAGAAUGGCUUGAAGUUGCGAAUGGGUGCAUCUGCUGCUCUGUGAGAGAUUCUGGAGUCAGUGCCAUUGAGUCUUUAAUGGAGAAACAAGGGGCCUUCGAUUAUAUCCUCCUUGAGACCACUGGCCUGGCAGAUCCUGGAAAUCUAGCCCCCCUAUUUUGGGUAGAUGAGGGACUCGGCAGCACAAUCUACCUGGAUGGUAUCGUUACACUGAUUGAUGCAAAAAAUAUAUUGAGAAGUCUCGAUGAUCCAGUCAAGGAAACCGUCCAUCACGAUGAAGAUCAUGAGCACAAAGGCCCACUGCUAACUACAGCGCAUCUCCAAAUAUCUCAUGCGGAUGUUAUCGUCAUCAACAAGUCUGAUCUUGUGAGCGAGGCUGAGCUUUUGGCAGUGCGGGACAGAGUUGAAGCAAUCAAUGGCCUUGCAAAGAUACACGUAACCCAACAAGGCAAGGUGCCAGAACUUGAAGGGUUCCUGCUAGACCUCCACGCAUAUGAUGAUGUUGGAGCUUUGGAGGUUUCAGCGAAAGGGCACAGCCAUUUGGAUCCAACCAUAUCGACAAUCACCCUACCUGUCCCUGUGUUGGAAAUCGAGCAGCUUUCAAACCUUGAUGCUUGGCUCAGGUCCGUUCUUUGGAACUCCACGCUUCCCGGCCUUGGUUCCAAUUCAGAAGACCACAACAAGCUUGAGAUCCAUAGAUUGAAAGCCAGGUUACCAUUCUCAAAUGGGGAAGUAAAGAUUGUUCAAGGUGUUCGGGAGGUAUUUGAGAUCUUGGACGCUCCGACAAUCGAUGGUUCUAUAUCUGCGGCCGCUGUCCCUUCAACAGGGAAGAUAGUGUUGAUUGGGAGAGAACUUCAAGGCCUGAGGUUUGAGGAAAGCUUUAGAAAUACAAUAAAAUCCGGAUGAUCCAGUCGUCAUUGUCGGGCGCAAUGCAGAAGUUGCUACUUAGAUUCCUCCUUUUACUCCCAACGAAGACCAUCGUGAAGCAGCGUUGGCUUAAUUUCCGCACUGAUAGAACUCAAGAUUUUGCGAGAAAGAAAGAAGACC